GAGGGGUCUCCAUCCUCAUUCCCAGAAGAGAAGCCGACUUGGAGAAGAGGAGAAAGAGAGCUGCUCCCUGCAUUGAAGUGCAUCGUGGCAACAGCUAAAAGAGUCCCAGAAGUGGCCCAGUAUACGCCUCCUCUUCCUCGGUCCUUUCCACUGGCAACGCAAUGGCCUCCAAGACACCCUCUGAACGGUCUCUUCUUAAAGAUGGAAUGGAAAGAGGGGCCAGGCAGCUUCCUCAGGGUCUGGUGACCUUUGAGGAGGUGGCCGUGUUUUUUACGGAGGAGGAGUGGGCUCUGCUGGAUCCAGGCCAAAGAGCUUUGCACAAGGAAGUCAUGGGUGAGAAUUAUGAGAUGGUGGCCUCUCUAGGUGAUGGAGGAGGCAAUCAAAAUAUUGAAGGGCCAUCUGCAAAGUACUUCAGUGUGAGUGAACACCUUAGCACACAUCUACAAACUAACACAGGGGAUAAACCUUUUAAAUGUAUGAAGUGCGGAAAGAGCUUCAGUCGCAGUGCAAUCCUUACUAGACAUCAACGGAUUCACACAGGGGAUAAACCUUUUAAAUGUAUGGAGUGUGGAAAGAGCUUCAGUCGCAGUGCAAUCCUUACUAUACAUCAACAAACUCACACCGGGGAGAAACCCUUUAAAUGCAUGGAGUGUGGAAAGGGUUUUGGUUUGAGUAAAAUUCUUAGAAGACAUCUACGAACUCACACAGGAGAGAAACCUUUUAAAUGUAUGGAGUGUGGAAAGAGCUUCAGUGAAAAUGGAGGACUUACUAUACAUCAACGAAUUCACACCAGGGAGAAACCCUUUAAAUGCAUGGAGUGCGGAAAAAGUUUUGCUUAUACUUUCAGCCUUAGAAAUCACCAGCUAACGCACAAACGGGAAAAACCCUAUAAAUGUAUGGAUUGUGGAAAGGGUUUUGGUGAUAGUAAAAUUCUUAGAAGACAUCUACGAACUCACACAGGAGAGAAACCUUUUAAAUGUAUGGAGUGUGGAAAGAGCUUCAGGGAAAAGGCAAAACUUACUAGACAUCAACGGACUCACACAGGGGAGAAACCAUAUAAAUGUUUGGAGUGUGGAAAGAGCUUCAGUCAAAAUGGAAAACUUACUAUACAUCAACGGAUUCACACAGGGGAGAAACCAUAUAAAUGUUUGGAGUGUGGAAAGAGCUUCAGACGGUGUUCACACCUUACUGUACAUCAACGGACUCACACAGAGGCGAAACCCUUUGAAUGUGUGGUGUGCGGAAAGAGCUUCCGUCAAAAUGGAACACUUACUAUACAUCAACAGACUCACACAGGGGAGAAACCCUUUAAAUGCGUGGUGUGCGGAAAGUGCUUCCGUCAAAAUGGAGCACUUACUAUACAUCAACGAAUUCACACAGGUGAGAAACCAUUUAAAUGUGUGGAGUGUGGAAAGAGCUUCCGUCAAAAUGGAAAUCUCACUUGCCAUCAAAGAAUUCAUACUGGGGAGAAACCCUAUCGGUGCUUGGAAUGUGGAAAGAACUUCAGUCGGAAGGAACAUCUCACUUCCCAUCAAAGAAUUCAUACAGCAGAGAAACCCUAUCAGUGCUUGAAGUGUGAAAAGAGCUUCAAUCGGAAGGAUGGUCUCACUUCCCAUCAAAGAAUUCAUACAAAGGAGAAACCCUAUCCGUGCUUGAAAUGUGGAAAGAGCUUCAGUCACAAGCAGAGUCUCGCUUCCCAUCAAAAAAUUCAUACAGGGGAGAAACCCUAUAGGUGCUUGAAAUGUGGAAAGAGCUUCAUUCGGAAGGAUGGUCUCGCCUCCCAUCAAAGAAUUCAUACAGGGGAGAAACCUUUUCAAUGCCUUGAGUGUGGAAAGAGCUUUCGUCACAGUGCCAGUCUCACUUCCCAUCAAGGAAUUCAUACAGGGGAGAAACCCUAUCAGUGCUUAGAAUGCGGAAAGAGCUUCGGUUGCAGUUCCAAUCUAACUACGCAUCAUAGAGUUCAUACACAGGAGAAAUCCUAUCAGUGCUUGGAGUGUGGGAAGAGCUUCGGUCAAAGGCAGGGUCUCAUUUUGCAUCAACGAAUUCAUACCGGGGAGAAACCCUAUCAGUGCUUGGAAUGUGGAAAGUGCUUUAGUCAACGUGCACAUCUCACUUCCCAUCAAAUAAUUCACACAGGGGAGAAACCCUAUCAGUGCUUAGAAUGUGGAAAGAGCUUCAGUAAGAGGGUGCAGCUCACUUACCAUAACAGAAUUCAUACAGGGGAGAAACCCUAUCAGUGCUUGGAAUGUGGAAAGAGCUUUCGUCGGAGAGGUGAUCUCACUUCCCAUCAAAGAGUCCAUACAGGGGAGAAACCAUAUCAGUGCUUAGAAUGUGGAAAGAGCUUCAGUAAGAGGUUGCAGCUCACUUCCCAUAACAGAAGUCAUACAGGGGAGAAACCGUAUCCAUGCCUGGAAUGUGGAAAGAGCUUCCGUUAUAGGCAGAGUCUAGAUUUGCAUCAAAAAGUUCAUACGGGGGAGAAACCCUAUCAGUGCUUUGAAUGUGGAAAGAGCUUCAGCCAGGGGGUCCAUCUCACUUCCCAUCAAAGAAUUCAUACAGGGGAGAAGCCAUAUCAAUGCUUAAAAUGUGGGAAGAGCUUUAGUCUCAGGCAGAGUUACACUGCGCACCAAAGAAUUCAUACAGGAAUGAAACCCUACCAGUGCUUGGAAUGUGGAAAGAGCUUCAGUCUCAGGCAUAAUCUCACUACCCAUCAAAGAAUUCAUACAGGGGAGAAACCCUAUCAGUGUUUAGAAUGUGGAAAGAGCUUCCGGGAGGGGCCCAAGCUCACUUCCCAUCAAAGAAUUCAUACAGGGGAGAAACCUUUUCAAUGCCAUGAGUGUGGAAAAAGCUUUCGUCACAGUUCCACUCUCACUUUGCAUCAAAGAAUUCAUACAGGGGAGAAACCUUUUAAAUGCCACAAGUGUGGAAAGAGCUUUGGUCAGAGUUCCUAUCUCAUGAUCCAUCAAAGAACUCAUACAGGUCAGAAACCAUAUCAGUGCUGUGAAUGUGGGAAAAACUUCAGUCAAAGCGCCCAUCUCAGGACGCAUAAAAAAAUUCAUACAGGGGAGAAACCCCAUCAGUGCUUGGAAUGUGGAAAGAGCUUCAGUCACAGGUACAGUCUCACUUCCCAUCAAAGAAUUCAUAUAGACAGAAAAGCAAAAAAAGAAAAUACCGGUAAUGACGCAAACAUUAUUAAACAACCCUUACAAAACACAUUUGUAUAGAAAAGAGAAAGGGCGGGAGAAUAACUAAAAAUAGCCUUUAUCACAUUUGUAUCAUAUAUCAUAUUAUUUGUCAACACAUAGAAAGGCAGGCUCCUCCCCCAAGGAAGGAGAGUCCAACACCUUCCAAGGGAGUCUGUUCCACUCUGGAAGAACUCUUCCUGUCCUAAAGUAUUUCCUGAGGUUUGAAAUGUAAAGAGAAAGAAGGGACCUUUUACCACAUGUGGUGGACAUGCCCCAAAGGAAAAGACUUCUGGAAAAAGAUUUAUAAUGAAAUGAAAAGAGUGUUGAAAAACACCUUUAUUUUUUUAAAAAAACCAGAAGCCUUUUUACUUGGAAUAGUAGGGGGAGAAAUCCCCAAGAAAGGCAUUAUAUUCUUUUUGUAUGCCACAACAGCUGCUAGAAUAUUACUCACCAAGAAUUGGAAGACAUCAGAGAUACCUACGAUAGAUGAUUGGCAAAUGAAGAUGUUAGAUUUUAUGCAACUUGCCCAAAUUACUGGGAGACUACAAUAAUAAUAAUAAUAAUAAUAAUAAUAAUAAUAAUAAUAAUAAUAAUAAUAAUAUAUUUAUACCCCGCCCAUCUGGCCGGGUCUCCCCAGCCACUCUGGGCGGCUUCCAACAGAAGAAUAAAACACAAUAAUCUAUUAAACAUUAAAAGCCUCCCUGAACAGGGCUGCCUUCAGAUGUCUUCUAAAAGUCUUGUGACCAGAAGGAAGAGACGGUGGAAGAAGAUUGGGGGGGGGAUUAAAAUUUAUUUGAAAAAAUAUUGUAAGAUUAAAAAAUUAUUUCCUUUGUGAAGAUAUAUAGUUUACAUGCGCUAAAAUAAGAUUUGAAGUAGUAUUAGUAUAGAAUUUAGAAAUUGGUUAAUAAAGUAAGGAAUAAUUAAAUUAAGUUUUGGUUAUAGAAGAUGAAGAAUAAACUGCUAAAGUUGUAUUAUAAUGAAAUUCAGAAAGAAGGGAACAAAGAAAGUCAUUUGAAGAAGUGAAUGAAAAUAAGGUUUAUACAGAAAUAUUUUUAUGUAUUUUUGUUUUUUGUUUCUCUUUAUUGUUUAGUUUGAUUCUGUAUUAGUUUGUAGCAUUAUGUGAAUUUAUUAUUUGUUAGAAAUGUUAUUUGUAUGUUAUAAAAAGAAUAAAUAUUAUUCUGAAGUAUUUCCUAAGGUUUAGUUGGAAUCUCCUUUCUUGUAACUUGAAGCCAUUGCUCCAUCCUGAACACCUUGCUCCAUCCUGCAUGUGGCAGCCCUUUCAUAACAUGUAUACGUUGUAGAAAAUAACAAUUUCAUAAAACUGCACUUGGAUGAUUCCAAUUUCUUUUAAGCCUGAAGCGUAGCUUAAUUGAAAAGGCCUGUGCCUGCCUUCUUUUGACGGAACAGAACAAGCUGCUUUUAGGUACUGUAUGUAGCAAAUGUCUGUUCCAGAACCCUGAAAAGAAUUAAGAAAAGAGAAUCAGCUAGGCAUGAUUGUGAUUCACCUUGAACUGUUUUGUAGACGGAUGAAAGAGGACAUUGGAAGACAUUUAGUGAAUAGGAAUAUUAGCCAAAGUCUUAAUAAAGAAAGACACCAAAAAAUGUCAUCACAUGACACAUCACAUGACAUGACAAAAAAUGUCAUCACAUGAUAUUAUGAUGAGGGCUUAUCUGAAGAGCCAAAUGAUUUUGGUUAGUUCAGGAUGAUUGCAUUGGGUUGCAACGAUUUAAGAUUGCUGUGGUCCUUUGAUUGGUGAAUAGGAAUGAUGUGCAAUUUGCUAUUCCAUUAAAAAAAAACUAGAAUAAAAUAUAAAUUACUUAUUGAUCGGAGAAAGAGAGGCGGAUUUGACCUACCUGAACUGGAAUUAUAUCAUGCUGCAGCAGGUCUGACCUGGUUAAGGGAGUGGAUUAAGUUAAAGGACACUGGUGUGUUAGAUCUGGAGGGAGUAGGCACUCGAUUUGGAUGGCAUGCAUACCUAAUAGAUGGAGAGAGUCCACAAGGGUUUUAUGGACCAUAUUAUAAGGAAAUCAUUGUAUAAAAUAUGGAUGAAAUAUAAAGGGAUCCUAGAACCCAAAACACCCUGGUGGACCUCACCAUUAGAAAUCAUUACCGUAAAGAGAAAGAAUAUAAACAACAACUGGGCAACAUAUAAGGUAUUACUGGAAGAGGAAAAUAAUAAACUGAAUGAAUAUAAGGAAGUUAAGAAAUAUUUGAACGAUUGGCUGCAAUACUUUCAAAUUAAUCAGAGAUUGGCAAAAGAUAAAAAGGAUUUGAGAAAGAAAUUUCCAAUAUUGGAUGAGUACUGAAUCCAACCUAAAAGUAAACAUACUUCCAGACUAUAUGAUUUGCUCCUAGAAUGGGAGUUAAAGGAGGAGCAAGUGAAGACACAAUGGUAAAGUGGGCCCAGGAUUUAGGGGAAAGUAUUAUGAUGAGCCACUGGGAACGGCUGUGGAAAAGGGAUAUUAAAUUUACGGCAUGCUACAAUUUAAGAGAGAAUGUAAUGAAAAUGCAAUACAGAUAGUACCUGACCCCAGUUAGACUGGCAAAAAUGUAUAAAAACUGUAGUGAUGUUUGUUGGAGAUGCAACAACGGGGCAGGAACCUUUCUACACAUGUGGUGGGAGUGCAAAGAGAUAGUGGGAUUCUGGGAAAAUAUUUACAACAAGUUGAAAAAGUGAAUAAGUAGUGGGCUAUCUUUAAGGAAUACAUCAUAAGCUAUGUGGGAAAAGUAGGACUUUUGACAGGUAUUGAGUGAAUCCAGAAAAUGAUUAGAGUGAAAGGAGUGUAAAGUUAAGAUAGAAGAAGAGAUCAAAGAAAUAACGAAAUGUGUUUAAGCCAAUUGGAAAAAUAAAGUAGUGUAACAAGAACGGCUGGAAGUCAAGUCACUUUGUGGGUGUUUGUGUGGGGUGGAGUGUAGGUGUGUUGGUAAGUAUAGGUAGGUAUAAUAUAGAGUAAUGUAGGUAUGCUUUAUGUUAUAAAAAUAAAAUAUUGUGUAUAUGUACUGUGUAAAUGUAAAUGUAUGUGUUCUAUAUGUUAAUAAAAUGUUUUAAUUUUUAAAAAAGGAAUGAGGUGCAAUUUGGAAGUUUGCCUGGUUCUUUGCAGGCACUUUGUAUUUCAAUAAAGGCCUAUAUUUCCA